AUGGACAGUCCCUCCACAACAUCGACCGCAAUUUACCCCCAUCGUGACCCUCCGUUGACGGACGCAGGCCAUGAAGCUACUAAGAAAAUCAAGGUCCCGGGUAUACCAGAUCUCAUCGUGAUCUCGCCCAUGACGCGCACCAUCCAAACUGCCUUGAAUGCCUUCCCUUCUAUUCUUGGCUCGACCCCGUUCCAGGCGGAAGUUCAAAUUUGGCCUAAUCUCCGCGAAGCCCAUGGUGCUAUCUGCAACCAGGCCCUCUCACGAGCGGAGCUCUCGGCGAAAUUCCCACAGUUUAGCUUCUGCGAGUGUCCAGAGGAAUGGGAUCAUCCUCCGCAUACCAUUGAUGGCGCCACGGCUCGCGCGGAGGUGGUGAGGCAGCGCGUGAAAAGGCUCUCGACACAGUACCGCAAUAUCGUGUUGGUCACUCAUCGAGGAUUUAUUGCGUUCCUCGUCAAAGGAGAUCGAUAUGAUGUUUGUGAAACCCGUUCAUAUCGAUUCGGCGUGGCAGAGGAAGCGGAGACAGAUUUCUUUCGAGUCGGAAUCAAUGUUGAUACGGAGGAAUUGCAAGACUUGGCCCGACGGUUCUUGUGUCGUCCGCGGUUGAUGGCGAACCCGCAGAGAGAGAUCUAUAGGGAAUUUCCAAAGGUGCAACAGCAUCCUUUAGGUUGA